GCUCGGCAAGACUCGGCUGCGCUCGGUAAAGCUCGCCUUCGCUUGGCGGGGCAGGGCUCGGCUCUGCCCAGUGGUUCCCGGGGCCGCCCCGGACCUUGCGCUCCGUGAGGCGGUGCCGCCGUUCUCUCGCACGCCCCGUCGGUCCUUGGCCCCGGGACGCGGCACCCCCAGUCCCGUGGUGCAGCGGGGAAGAGGCAAGAGGGGGCCGGCCCCGUGCGCGGAGCAGCAGCCCUCCUGCCUUCCUGCCACUGCCAGGCCUCAACAGCAGCAGAAGGCCUGUCAGCCCUUCUGUUCCCACCUGUCACCCCACUGAACAGCCCCCCGGCCCUCAGGCAUGGCCACCCCGCGGAUCACUGAGAGCACCGUCACAGUGCAAGGACAGACCCUCUUCUACCGCCAAGCUGAGCCAGCCCAGGCAGUGCCCAAGCUGACAGUGCUGCUGCUGCAUGGCAUCCGCUUCUCCUCCGAAACCUGGCUGCAGGUGGGGACGCUCGCCACACUGGCCGAGAACGGCUACCGAGCCGUGGCCAUCGACCUGCCGGGGCUGGGGCGCUCGAAGGAUGCCGUCGCGCCAGCGCCCGUGGGCCAGCCAGCACCGGCAGCGUUCCUGAAGGCAGUUUUGGAGGCUCUGGGCCUGGGUCCAGCUGUGGUGAUCAGCCCAUCGCUCAGUGGCAUGUACUCGCUGCCCUUCCUCUUAGAGCACAGCCACCUGUUCAAGGCCUAUGUACCUGUGGCACCCAUCUGCACUGAGAAAUUCACGGCGGAGCAGUAUGCCCAAAUCAAAACCCCCACGCUGAUCGUGUACGGGGACCAGGACAUGGAGCUGGGGCAGACCAGCCUGAACAACCUGCGGCACCUCGCUGAGCACCAGGUGCUGAUGCUGCAGGGUGCAGGACACGCCUGCUACCUGGACAAACCCAAUGAGUGGCACCAUGGACUCCUGGCCUUCCUGCAGCAGCUGAAAUGAACAGGAUGGGACCUGGGCAGGGGGAUGUGGCCAGCCCACCCACCCCUCUGCCUGCACAUGCACCCUUGUGCCAACCCAGGUGCUCGGCUGGCACUCACACUGUACUGGCCCACACCAGCACCUACCUCUCUCGAGACCAAAUAAAACCCCAGGCUCUGCCACUGCUUUCCUGCCA